AAGGAUAGUAGUAAAUAAAAACUUUUAUAGAAAAAGAAAAGGCGCAUAGCAAACAAAACGCUCUCAAGUCUCAAUCGAAUUCUCUCUUCUUGGCGUAGGCUGUCCAACACUUCAACUCAAAAUCUCACUCUCAAUUCUCAAUUCUCAAUUCUCAAUUCUCAAUUCUCAAAUUUCAAUUAUCUGGGCGCUGGAUGUGUCGUUUGACUUUGAGUCUGAAUAAUUAGGGUUCUUCAUUAAUUAAAUUAGGGGCUGCUCUUUUUCUCCGAAAUUUCGGGUGAACCGUGAAUUUCAUCUGUGUCUGCUGUAAAUUCUAGCAAGUAGUAGGAGAGAAAUGGACGACGAUGGAAGUAGUUUGGCAGCUCCGACGAUUUUCAUCCUUGUUGCUCUCCUUCAGUUCAUCCCCAGAUACUUUGAGCACCAGAUUAGGAAUGGAGGAGCUACAAGUGCUGAGGAAAAGAAGCUGCGGGCAGAAAUAAAACAGCUUUUAAAAGAAGCCGGGUCUUUGACACAGCCAUCCACAUUUGCACAAGCAGCAAAACUUAGAAGAACAGCAGCAGCUAAGGAAAAAGAGCUUGCAAAAUAUCAAGAACAACAAAUGCUGGAGAGGAAGUCAUCAUAUGAUCCGUAUAUGAAGUAUGUGACUCCUGUAAAGGCACUAAGCUAUCUUUUGCUGGGAGUUUGGUUUUGGAAAUAUCCUGUUGCGGCAAUAUCAAAGGAGAUUUUGCAACCCUUUGGAAAGAUGCUAUCUUGGAAGUCUGGUGGUAGCUCAGAGGAGAAAGUGAUGAUUGGUAUCGUACCUUGGCUUGUACUGUGCACUAGGGUCAGCAAGCUCAUCUGUCGGAAGGUCAACAUAUAAGAUGCUUCUGGUGCAUUGUCGUGAAGCUUUGUUUAGUUCAGAUAUCGAAUGUCUGAGUGGGCGCCUGUGAAAUGGGAAGUACCGUGCUGCCUUUUUUUGCACUCACACAAAGAUAUAGGGCAGUCGAAUUCCGAAAAUAGGAAACUGGAAGGCACCUUCAAAACAUGAUCUUUCCCUUCCAUUCCCUGUUGGUUGCUUUCUCGUAGUUUUCAUGUAAUCUUGAACCACUAAUACCUUUUUUUUAUGUACUCGUAGCAUUUAGGAAAAGUUCGUGCUCUCUUUUUUUUUUUCUUUUCAAAAUACACAUUGAAAUGAAUAUGUUAUAUGAUCAUGUUUUUAUCAA